UGUCAUGUCAGUUAAGGCGGGAGGAUAAGAAGCCGAACUUUUGAUAUCAGUAUAUGCUAGCUUUGUCUGUCGCGGUUUCCAAAUAUCAACAGUGUCGUUUAUAAUUAACGACAGGUAACUGCAGGUAUCUCCGGUGUUAGUAAACAUCGGCUCAGUAGCACUUCCUAAAUAACUUUACCUUCCUAACGAAGUUGAGUUUGAUUCAUUGGAAUGGCAACAAGAAAACCCAAGGACGACGAUGCCAGCCUUCCUUUUUCUGCACUUCAGGUCCUGGCCCCACCUGUGCGUCUGGUGUCUGCAGCUCUCUGGAAAGUGCUGAAGCAGAGGGACGUGAUGCAGUAUGGUGUUGUGGAGGAAUUCGUUACAUCCGCCUGCGAGACUGUUCCUGGGCUGCUCACCAUGAGACACCAGGGCAAGCUGGCACUGGGACUGAGAGCAAGGUUAAUCUUGGAGUUGUGUACCACGCAGCCUGAUGUUGAGGUGAUUAAGACACAUCUGGAAAGGAUCCGUGUUCCUGCUGCCAGCUCAUCUACUUCAGCCCCAAAUGUGAGGAAGGAUGUAAAAAUUAUGAGAACAGUGGAACAUUUCCAUUCUUUUGUCCACACAUUGCUGUCAGACCCAGCAAAGAGGGAGCAAUACUUCAAGAAAGAGUUUCUAGAGGAUUAUGGCCCAAAGUUUGACAAGGAGCUGGAGAAGCUGCUGUGGGAGUUUUUGAUUCGACUGGACCAGCUGCUUCCAGUUCCAAACUUAGCUCAGACUGUGUCAUGGCUCAGUAACACCCCUCCUGUCCUGGAGGAGUGUGCACGUGCAGCAACCCAACCCCAGCUCCUGAAAAUUUUACUCCAGCAUCAAACCUGUCUAGGUCAUCUGGAGUCAGCAGCGUCCUUGCCUCCAAACAUGGGAGACUCCAUCCUGACUUCACUUUCUGUGCCUCUGUCUGGAGUAGUAGCUUCAAAUCAACGAACAGGAGCCAGACAGUCUCCUGUGGAUCAGUCAGAUGACUCCCAGACAAAAGACAAAACCUCAUUUAUUGCACCUGUUAUCGGACUAAUAUCUAAUGAAGAUGUACCAGUCAUGAUCUCUGCUACUAAAAAAAAGCUGCAGAGUGAUCAGCCAGCCAGCUCAAAAGAUUCAACAAAUCAAGAGAACUUGAAAUUCGCUUUGAUAAAAGAGAAACAAAAAGCCAAAGAUAAUGGGGUGAAAGAGGGCCAGGAGCUGCUGGAGGAGAAGAGCUUUAAUCAAAGCAGUGGAAAGAAACGCAAGGAGCGUGACAACAGGGAAAGUGAAUCUGAGCAGGAGACGGACGAGGAAGAAGUUUUAAGCAUAGCUAGAUCUGGGAAAAAGAGGAUACGCAGGGACAGGCAGGGUACAGGUGACCAGAGAACAAGUGAGAGCGAGGAAAAUGGGGCAAAUGCUGUAGGACAUGAAUGUAACACAGAAGUGAUGGCAACCGAUGUGAUCCAGCUUGGUGUCAAAACGCUCCAUCUACCUGACGAUCCAUCGCUCCACUCCAUUUUCAUCUCUUGUCUGACGAGACAACCCAGAGUGGUGAUUGAAAAACUGUCAGUGGCCUCAGCUGGCACUAGCGGAUCCGGCAGAAGAGAAAAAUCCUCCCAUGAGGAACAACAGAGCCAGAAGUCACCAGUCAAAGCGUCAACACAUAAACGAACAAGCAUUCGUCAGACGCUUGGCUCAAAGUUUCCUGCUUUGGACAAUAAAGAAAAUCAUCCUGUAUCACCAAGUGUGAGCAGCUCUCCCUCUCAGCAGCGGAGUAACACAGAGACGCAGGGCCUUUUAGGAGGCAGUGACGACUACGUGGCUGAUUCUGAGGAUGAGGCGACAAAGAACUUCAAAAGCAGACUGUUCGUGAAGCGCUACGUCAAGACCAAACACGGCACCUUUGUUCCCACUCUGAGGGAGUACUAUAAACCCGGGAUGAUCACACACAACUUGUUGUCCGCUGGCAGUAAACAGAGGUGAUGAAAUGGAUUGUCAUGUGUGGCGUUGGAAAACUAACAGCAGAGGACUUUGAAUCUAGCAGCGUAGACUCAAGACCUAGUUAUACGAAAUGCUUCAGUCACUGCAGCAGAUGAUCAUUUACAUUAGUUACCUUCCUCUUAAAAUAAACUGUAGCUGAUUCUGAAUGGUUUAAACUUGAGUAAAUGAGCUGUUAUUCUGAAUAACAAGCCUUGAAAUGUCACUGAUUAUAGGAAGUGAUAAGCAAUUUAUUAGUUCUUUACUUGACUGUGUAUAGAUUAUUCGUGCUAUAAAUAUAUUUUAAACAGACAAGAUGUAAUAUUCUCAGUUAAUAAAGUUUUUGAUAUUGCA